CGAAGCCGGUCAGAUUUCACUGAGACUGAAUCUUGGUGGUGUAGAAAUGCGCUUGGAAUCCGAUUCAUUUCUGCUGGUGCUCUCCUCCAUAUGCGUAUCACUGAUUUCAACACAUGUCCAUGGACAGAUGAACGACAACAUGAGAAACAAAUUGCUGGCUCUGCACAACAACGCCAGACAAGCAGUUCAGAAUGGACAGUUGAGUGGACAACCGAUGGCCGUGUCUAUCAAACCACUGAGAUGGAACAUGGAGUUGGAAAGGAAAGCACAAAUCUUGUCUGAUCAGUGCCGUGUUGGACACGACACAGCUGACGAGCGCAAAAUACCCGCAUUCGAUUAUGUUGGACAGAAUUGGGCGGGAUCUGCAGAUGUCGAAACUGGUUUCCAGAUGUGGUUGGAUGAAUACAAAAACUACGACUUCACCAGUCGAACAUGUCGUGCGGGUCAAUGUGGUCAUUACACUCAGAUCGUCUGGGAGUCGACCACCGAUGUUGGAUGUGGUGUCACCAAUUGUCCGAAUUUCCCCUAUGGUUUGAGUAUUGUAUGCAAUUAUGGUCCAGGAGGGAACUACGCUGGUCGUCCACCAUAUUCAACAUCAUCGUCAUCACCACAAGCCACCAACACAAACACCAACUCACAACAACAGAAUACUGGAACCAAUAACUACAACUACAAUGGAUACAGCGGAAACACGAACACCCAACAAUCACAAUACUACACCAACACAUACGCUCAACAAUCGAAUUACGGACAAGCGAAUUCAAACCAGGUGCCAUCCUACUACUCGUCAUAUUCGUAUUCUGGCUCUCCGAAAAUGGUUCCUAGUCGCCAAUACUAUUAUCAAUAUUGAUGAGUGGAUGAUGCGUGAAGACUGUUCGUUUGUGUGUGUGGUCAUACCGGUGUCACUUUUGAUAUCUGAAAAAUAAAGCCAAUUCCUUUUCCAAA